UUAAAGGCAAAUCCAAGCUCUAUCUAUUCAACAUUGAACAUAUUAUAAAACAAAAGCAACAGAUGUAGAACCCCACCAAAUCAGAACAGCAAAAUGAAUUAAGCUUCACGUAUUUCAUCAGGCAAUUUCUCUCAUGUACAUUAGGCAACAUUCCCUUCAAAGUUUUUCUAACUAAUUAUUAAAAGCAAACUUGACACCUCAUCUCUCCCUGCAGUUCUGGAAAAAGCACUUCAUCCACAUUUCGGUUUCUGUUUCUUGCAAGUCAACACAAACUACUCUCUCCUCUCUCUACCCCCACUCAAUAUGCAACAUCUCAUUACACUGCUUAUAAACACGCCAAUGUAUUGACAAAAAACUGAGACAUAAAAAUCAACAGCAGAUAGGAGAACAAAGUAUUAGAAACUCACCGAAGUUUUUAAAGUUUUGCUUCAUGGAGAUUAAGGUGGAAGCUGACUCUCAUCAUCAUGAGGAACAAAAACUCCCUCUCUUGCAAAAUAUGACCCUACCUGAAAUGGAAAGGAGAAACAUGAUACAAAAAGCUAUUAGUCAGACGUUUCAAAGCACGGCUCAUUUGGCCCAUCUUCUACCAACAGGAACAGUUCUUGCAUUCCAACUUCUAUCACCCAUAUUCACAAAUGGAGGUAAUUGUGAUUCGGUCAGCCGGUCCAUGACUGCUGGGCUUGUAGCCCUCUGUGGUUUAUCAUGUUUUCUACUAAGCUUCACAGACAGCUUUAAAGACAAGAAUGGAAAUAUCUGCUAUGGAUUUGCCACAAUAAGGGGCUUGUGGAUCAUUGAUGGUUCAGCAACAAUUCCACCAGAAUUUGCUCAAAAAUAUCGACUGCGGUUUAUAGAUUUCAUGCAUGCCUUCAUGUCAAUACUGGUAUUUGCAGCUGUUGCACUGUUUGACCAGAAUGUGGUGAAUUGUUUCGACCCAACACCUUCAGAUGAGACUCAGGAGAUGCUCACAGCUUUGCCAGUUGGGAUUGGUAUCAUUUGUAGCAUGUUGUUUGUUGUGUUUCCUACCCGGCGCCAUGGAAUUGGCUUUCCACUGACCAGUAAUUAAGUUUGCUUUCCACUGGUUUGCUCUUCACUGCUAUUUUUCUCAAAGUCAUGUAAGUUGCGGGUUCCUGGGUAUUUAUUAUUACUAUUAUUAUUA